CACUCUCGCCGUUUGACACAACAUAGUGGUUCUUUUUACUGCACUGAAAAUUUUCGGAAAUCUUUUUAAUGUUAAGCAAAGUUUAAAUUAUUCCAUUAAUUUACGUUUGUUUUGUUCAAAAACAUAUGUAAAAAUAUCCGUCAGUGUGUGUGCGAACCGAAAAAAUAUAAAGUUUUGCAAUAAAUAACCCAAAUGUUGCAGAAAAAAAUCAAGUGAAAAAAUAAGUCAAGGAAAAAAGAAGCGAAGAAAAGAGGGAGAGCAACAAAAAAUUUGUCGUGUUGUUAAAAAAAGAAUACAAAAAACAACAACAACAACACACGGAAUAAUACACCAUUUAAAACAAACAAUAUACCUACAAGCCACUUGAAAAAAGUGGCAACAACAAAACUACCAACCAAUACUUAAAGCAUCCCGUUUAAAGUGAUUCAUACAUAAGCUUAGGCACCGCAACGUAUUGUUAUAGCCGUCGUCGUAUUCGAUCGACACUUUCAUCGUCAUUAUUAAAAAUUAAAAAAAAAACACAAUUGUCAUUAUCAUCGGCAAUAGCAGAAAUAGUGGAAGCAGCACCAGUCACCACAAUAUUGACAUUGGCUGUUUCUGAACAUAGUUUUUGUUACAGCCUUCGUCUUCAUUAUCGCCAAAAAAUCGUCAGCCACAUUGGAUUGCAAGUAAAAAUACCGCAGCAAGUAAUAUCAGCAGUCCAAUAUGAAUACAGAGCAUGGAUUCAAUCCGGCCUUUAAUAUGGCUACAAUACGACAAGCUUUCUCAGAGGCUGUGGAACGCGUGAGGAUGCCGACACCUACACGUUUAAGAGAUCUCAUAAGACAGAUACGUGCUGCUCGCACAGCUGCAGAGGAACGUGCUGUUGUUAAUAAAGAAUGUGCCUACAUACGCACCACUUUCCGUGAAGAGGAUCCAGUAUGGAGAUGUCGCAAUAUUGCAAAAUUACUGUACAUACACAUGUUGGGCUAUCCAGCGCAUUUUGGCCAAUUGGAAUGUUUGAAACUUACAGCCAGCUCAAGAUUUACCGAUAAACGUAUUGGUUAUUUGGGUGCGAUGUUAUUGUUGGACGAACGUCAGGAUGUUCAUUUGCUCAUAACAAAUUGUUUGAAAAAUGAUUUAAACAGUUCAACACAAUUUGUUGUGGGUUUGGCUUUAUGCACACUCGGUGCCAUAGCCUCGCCUGAAAUGGCACGUGAUUUAGCCAGCGAGGUAGAACGUCUCAUGAAAUCACCCAAUACUUAUAUACGUAAAAAGGCAAUCCUUUGUGCUUUUCGUGUUAUUCGACGUGUACCAGAGUUAAUGGAAAUUUUCCUACCGGCCACACGCUCAUUGUUGAGCGAAAAAAAUCAUGGUAUUCUAAUAACUGGCGUUACAUUAAUAACAGAAAUGUGUGAAAACAGUGCGGAUACAUUAAUGCAUUUCAAGAAGGAUAGCGGAAACCGAGAGAUUGUGCCGAAUUUGGUGCGUAUCUUAAAAAAUCUUAUACUAGGUGGUUAUUCACCUGAACACGAUGUGAGCGGUGUCAGCGAUCCAUUUUUGCAAGUGAAAAUCUUACGGCUGUUACGUAUACUGGGUCACAAUGAUACAGAUGCAUCGGAGGCCAUGAAUGAUAUACUGGCGCAGGUGGCCACAAAUACUGAGACAAGUAAAAAUGUUGGCAAUACAAUUUUGUACGAGACGGUGUUGUCUAUAAUGGAUAUAAGAUCUGAAGGUGGCUUACGAGUUUUGGCUGUAAAUAUUUUGGGUCGUUUCCUGUUGAAUUCAGAUAAAAAUAUACGUUAUGUUGCAUUGAAUACAUUGUUGCGUACGGUGCAUGCAGACACCUCUGCUGUACAGAGACACCGUACUACUAUUUUGGAGUGCCUCAAAGAUCCCGAUGUUUCGAUACGAAAACGUGCUAUGGAAUUGUCAUUUGCUUUGAUAAAUGCCCAAAAUAUCCGUACGAUGACAAAAGAACUAUUGUUGUUUUUGGAAAAAGCCGAUCCUGAAUUUAAGGCUCAGUGCAGUUCAGGUAUGAUUCUAGCUGCUGAACGGUAUUCACCCAAUACAAGAUGGCAUUUGGAUACCCAGUUGAGUGUUUUAAUUGCGGCCGGAAAUUAUGUACGUGAUGAUGUUGUGUCCUCCACCAUACAACUUGUUUCUAGCAGUCCAGCAGUUGAGCAAACCUAUAUAACAAAUCGUUUUUGGGAGUCCUUACAAGUAUCCAAUCAUUGUGAGGACAAACAGCCAUUAUUGCAAGUGGCCGUGUGGGCUAUUGGAGAAUAUGGUGACAUGUUUAUGUAUGGUCCCAAUGAUGAAGAAUUUGAACGUCCAUCUGAAAGUGAACUAAUCGCUAUGUAUCAUAAAUUUUUAACGUCUGCUCAAGUAUCAACAACUAGCAAGCAAUAUGCUUUAGUGUCAUUAGCAAAGCUAAGCACCCGACUCCAGAGUUGUGUAGAAGAAAUUCAAGCAUUAAUUACCUCAUUUGGCAGCCAUUUAAAUGUAGAUUUACAGCAAAGAGGAGUGGAAUUUUCACAACUGUUCGGUACAUAUAAACAUUUGCGCCCGCCUUUGUUGGAAAAAAUGCCAGCAAUGCAAGUUAGUCGUAUGUCAUCACAGAAUGGUGAAAGCAGUGGUUCAUAUGAAGACCAUAGUCCUGAUUUAAUAGAAAAUGGUUUGGGUGAUGAACAAAUAGGCACCGAAAGCAAUAUGAAUACCAUGAGUGAUAAUACGAAUAUUCUUUUAGAUCUUUUGGGUGGCUCUGACUUAUCGGCACCAAACACAAUUACAAGCCAAGAUCUUUCUGUACAAAAGAAAAAUACGCUCAAUGCUAACAAUGAUAAUACAAGCACUUCGAAUAAUCAAGAUUUCCUUGAUUUACUUGGCUUGGAUAUGUCUGCGACACAGUCGUCUACAACAACAACAAAUCUUACCUCCAAUGUUGUCAACAGCACCAACACAAACAUGAACAAUGUGUUAAUGGGUGUUGGAACCGGAGGAGGCGGUGGUGGUCUUUUAGACAUUAUAUCAACUGCCAGCACUGCACCCACAAAUGGCAAUGAUUUAUCAUCGAUUAUGGCUGCCGCUAGUAUAAACAUGCCUUCAAUGGACAUAACCGCAGCUAAUUCUCUAAUAAAUGAUCCUUUAGUUACGACAGCGGCUUUAAAUAAUGUUAGUGUGCCUCAAGAUCCGAAAUUGACAGCUUUGAAUAAGAAUGGCGUUUUAGUUCAGUUAGUUCCCGUUAAAACAAACGAUUCCAUGCAAAUCUAUAUGACAACAACUAAUAGUUCUAAUACCACAUUAGAGCAAUAUCUAUUUCAGGCGGCAGUUCCUAAGAGUUUUACACUACAAAUGCUAUCGCCUUCAGGCUCAGUACUACCACCUGGUGGUGCCAUAACGCAAGAAAUGCGCGUUGUUAGUACGUCGAAUGCUACAUUACGCAUGCGCAUACGCAUAUCAUAUGUCGCCGAUGGAGCAAAUGUCUUAGAACAAACAGAAGUAAGUGGUUUCCCAGAUACAACACCGGAAUAAAACUAAACAUAAAGAGAGAUAAUUGGUUAGGAAAGAAGGCAAAAAUGAUAAAAUCUAAAAAUUAAAAACCCGAAACGCGAUUGCAGUAUAUAAUAAAUUUAACAUUAACAUAAAUACAUAAUGAUAAUAAUUUAAAACAUAAUAAUAUAUAUAGUGAUGAAGAUAAACAAGAUAUGGAACGUUAACGUGAAAAUAAAAAAUAGCAACAAAAUCAAAUCAUUCAAAAAGCCAACAACUAAAGGACAAUUUAUGGUAAAUAAUGAUGAUGAUGAAAAACUCCCUCCCCAUUUGCGAAAUGCUAAAAGAAACAACACAACAAAUGUAAAACAAGCAAACAAACAUAUAUAUUUUUUUGUAAUAUACAAAACAAGUAUAAUAAUAACAACAACAAACAAACACUGUGUUAUUAUUAACAAACAAAAUAACAGACUUGUUUUUUACACAUGAAACUGUCCAAAACAAAACUCCCUUUUUAAGACACAAUUUUCUGCAAAACUAACAAUCUAAAGAAAAAUUAUACAUACUUCUUUUUUAAUUCAACUUUUACUCGUACUCCUUCUCUUGAAAUAAUUUUGCAUAUACAUACAUACUCACCAACAUCAUAUAAACAUACCUAAAGAAAAUAUAAAAGUUUUUUAAAUUAGGUCAUAUUUAUGACAAGUGAAUUCAUCACUCCGUCACCACACACACCCAAAUAAUUUUUUUCCAAAUCAGACUAAAUAUAUACAUGAAAAACCAGACAAAAAAUAAAAACAAACAAAAUCUUUAUACUAAGGCAUAUGUUAAAGUUGUAAUUUGUAAUAUACUAAAAGGAUAAAUAAACAACAAAAGCAAAAAAAUAACAAUACUUGAAAAGGGAUAGUAAACCAAUAACUCUAAAGAGAACUAUUUUAAACAUUUAGGCUUCUUUGAGUUGAGUAUUUGUUUGUAAUUGUUUUGUUCUUUUGGGUUUUACAAACACAAAGAGUUGCAUAAAAAUUGAGAUUUUUUGUGAAACUUGGGUUAUUUAUGGAAUUUUAUGCAUUUGACUCCAGGACUUCAACACAUACCACAUUUUUUUUACCAAAUUGUUGCCCAUUUCUUAUUUCUCUUAAAUCUAUACAUAGGUUACUAAUCAAUUAUUGUCCGUGGCAAAGCCUAUACAUUACAAAUUUUGAUAA